CAUAUACAAUUGUUUACAACUUCACCAAUAUUCACUAAUACUUUAUUAAACGCUAACUUUUAUCUCUGAAAUUGUUCCAUACUUUCUCUGUACAUACCAACACGGUAACUAACCUAUUCACUAACGGUGUUUAGAAAGGAUAUAAGUAUGGGCGACUUACUGAAAAAGUAUUUCAAAACUCUUUCUUCUAUCGCUGUGAUUUAUGCUAGUCACUCCCCUUCAAAUGAGGAAGGGGGAGUCUCGUACGCAAUUGUUUACAAUUUCACCAAUAUUCACUAAUUUACUAUCUCAAUAGGCAUAACCAAGAAAUAAGGGGAACAAGAGGUAAGUUCCGCAAAUUCCAACUUUGGAAAGACAAAACUAAUGCAAUUAUUUUUCUGAAAUUAUCUAUAAAAACAACUAACAUUUUGAUGAUUCCAUAAUUUAAAUUCUAGUCUUUCAUCAAGAUUCUUUCACCCACAACCUUGCAUACAAGUUCCAUCUCGACCAGGUAAAUUUCCUACAAAUUGAACUUCUAGGUGGUUAGUUAGAAUUUCAACGAACAAAAUUAUUACAUAAAUGAGAGAUAAGAAAAUAACGAGGUGCUAUGUGAGUCGAUAUAGUUAAAAUGAGUCGUCCAUAUUCAUCAAUUAAGAUCAUGCAAUAUUUUUUCUAUCGAAUUAAUAUAAGUAAUUAUAAAAAAUGUAUGAAAGUCAACACAUCAAGAAAUCGUCUCAUUAUUAAUUUUAAUAUAUUAGUUAUGCUAAACUUUAAUUUAUCAAAUUUCUUAAAAAUCAAUAUUAAGUGACCGAUUUUGCUUCUAAUCACAAAGUUCAAGGACCAUUUCUGUAAUUAUGUUUCGCUGAUUGCAGUAUGCGGCGCCGUUUGGACAGUUCGGGUACUAUUUCUGCUUUUGUGUUUCAGGGUUUUGCGAGGAUUUUGCUGCCUUAAAACUUGAGAACAGACGGCCCGUGGAAGAACGACCUACUUCAUACGGCUCAAGGUCGACGCCUGCCGCCGGCCAUUUGAGAGGGAAAAGACUGGGGAGAAGAAGCUUAUAGUUCAAAGAGAAUCAAAAGGAAGCCGUGGAGCUACCUGGUAGACGAGAACUAAGAGGCGGCUUGAAGGGAAAACGAGGAUUUCUGUGAUUGCAGGUUGAGGAGAGCGGUUCGCCAUUUCAGAAGGAAGGGAACGAAGCUUCGAUUUGAAGAGAAGAUAGGGUCUUGAAGGAGUUUUAAGGUAGACGAGGAAGCUUGCUAUCUGCACGGUUCUGCCACCGUUGCUCUUCCGACCGUCUUCGCCGUCAAACACCGGUUCUUGCUCAUUCUCCUAUUCAAUUGUUGCAAACUUUGCUUAGAAAAGUUCAAAGUCUUCGUCUUGGAAGUUUUAUCAAGACGGGUUGUAGGCGGUUAAGAAGGCAGAGAUGGCUCGUCUACGAAAUAAGAACAGGAAGGUGUUCUCCAAGCCGAGUGUGAAAAAGAAGGCAGCACCUACCGUGGAUCAUGUCACUGGCGACAAGAUUCCCAAGAGCUUUGUCUUUUCCAGAGGGAAGCUGCCUGGUUCUCUGAGGCAGCUUCAGAUGGAUUUGAGAAAGUUAAUGUUGCCAUUUACAGCUCUUAACCUCAAGGAGAAGAAGAGGAACAAUCUCAGGGACUUCUUAAAUGUUGCUGGUCCAAUGGGUGUUACACAUUUUCUGAUGUUGUCCAAAACAGAUGCAGCGCCAUAUUUGAAGGUUGCUAGAACUCCGCAAGGACCAACUGUUACGUUUAAGAUAAACCAGUAUUCACUGGCAUCUGAUAUUACUCAGUCUCAAUUGCGCCCUAGAUGUCCAUCGGAUCUGUACAAGAAUCCUCCUUUGAUUGUUCUUUCUGGCUUUGGGUCUGGAGAACAACAUUUAAAACUGACAACUAUAAUGUUUCAGAAUAUGUUUCCAGCUAUUGACAUCAACACUGUCAAGCUCUCUUCUUGCCAAAGAAUCGUUCUACUCAACUAUAAUAAAGAUACAAAGCUCAUUGACUUUAGGCAUUACUCUAUUCGACUCCAACCUGUGGGUGUCUCCCGCCGAAUCAGAAAGUUUGUGCAGAAUCAUCAAAUUCCUGAUCUCCGGAGUCUCCAGGACGUGAGUGACUUCAUAACAAAGGCUGGUUAUGGAUCAGAAAGUGAAGGAGAUGAGGAAGCAGCAACUGUUACCCUUCCUUGUGAUCUUGGUCGAGUCAAUCGGGCGACUUCGAAAAGUGCUGUCAAGCUUCAAGAGAUUGGCCCGAGGAUGACCCUUCAGCUCCUCAGAGUGGAGGAGGGCUUGUGCUCUGGAACUGUCAUCUUCAGCGAAUACGGAACUGCCAACGAGAAGAAAACACCUGGAAAAGAGAAUCAGAAGAAUCAAGGUGGCGAAGAAGACGAAGAUGAAGACAAUGACGAUGAUGAAGAUGAAGAGCAAGAAGAUGACGAGGAGGCCUCUGAGUAGAUUGGAAAAAUCAGCCGCUUUAGAGGCGUUGGCCUAUCACAACCACAGGAAGUGUUUCUGAUUUCUUUAAGCGGGAAGGAAAUGCGUUCUGUUUUCUCUCCUUUCAACUGUUUUUGCUAUGCAGUGUUAGUGGAACAAAUGCUUGUUAGAUACAGUGCCGUUGCUCAAACUAUAAGGAUUAAUACAGCAAAAGCCAUAGUUAUCGACGCAUGAUCUUUACAAGUCGGUAUCGAAAGUCUGUUUCGAAAAUGCUGGAAGAGGCAGUUAAUUAGAAUUUCUUUCCGACUAACUUAUACUGAAUGAAUGAUAUUGGAAAGA